GAAGUGUUUUUAUAAAAUCUUUAUUAAAUACCUGCUCAUGUUAGAACUCAGAACGGCUCCAGUGGGUUACAACUAAACAGCACAAGUUCAACUAUUUAUAUUUUAAUUAUUUUAGUAUUUCUUUGUUACUUUUUCUAUUUUAUUUUAGCUGUGCAUCAUGUGGUAUCACACCCUCACCCAGGUGUGCAUUAUUUACUAAACCUGCACGGCCCGGAGUGUGUUAUUCCUCACACAGAUGUAUUCAAAAAGCAGAAUAGUUCGACUUUAAAACAUGAUAAAUGUGGUGUAUUAGUUUAGCUAGCAUGAUUAGCUAGUUAUCUAGGAUUUAUUAUUGUGAUAAUAUUAAACAGUGUUUAAGUGGUAGAUGAAGGGACCUGCUGAGUUAGCAAGAACUGCUAAUAUUGCUUACAGCAGCUUUAACACUCAACUAAUAUUAUUUAUAUAGAUAGUAACUAGUACAUGAUGGUGCCUUAUUUAAAGAAACUCAAUGUGUGUGUGUGUGUGUGUGUGUGUGCAGAGAGAGCGUGAUGCUGGGAGUCGCUGUAUUAUUACGAUGAGCAGUAACAGUGUGAGUAUCGAGGAGCCUCGCAGUCAGCACCGCCGCACCUUCACUUUCCACUUCACCUUCUGGUCUCACAGCGGCUUCAUGAAGAACUCAGACGGACUGUUAGUACCUGAGGACGAGGGGGGACGCUACGCUGACCAGGGGUGUGUGUUUGCUGGAGUGGGGCAGGGGAUUCUGGGUAACGCUCUGCAGGGCUACAAUGCCACACUGCUGGCAUACGGUCAGACAGGUUCGGGGAAAAGUUACUCCAUGAUGGGCUUCGGUGCCAACAAGGGCCUUGUCCCAAAUCUGUGUCACUCACUCUUCACCUACAUCACAGCCAAUCAGGACAGAUGCCAGUGCCAGGUUUUCUUCAGCAUGUUAGAAAUCUAUAAUGAACAGGUGAUCGAUCUGUUGUCCAGGUCGGGUCGUUCGGCUGGUGGUCUGCGUGUGCGUGAGGAUCAGCAGCGUGGUUUUUACGUGGAGGGUCUGCGCAGGGUGGCGUGUGACAGCGCUGUACAGAUGGAGCAGCUGAUUGAGCAGGGAACUCGCACACGCACCACCGCCGCCACACACCUGAACGCCAACAGCAGCCGCUCACACAUGCUCAUCAUCAUACAGCUCAAACAGAUUUUCGCAAAGGAGUGCAUCACUAAACAGUCCAACAUUAACCUGGUUGACCUGGCAGGAAGUGAAAGGCAAAGGUCAUCAGGGUCAGAGGUCGAUCGUCUUAAAGAGGGAACAGCCAUUAAUCUCAGUCUCACCACUCUUGGGAAUGUCAUCAGUGCCCUAGCAGAAGUCUCGUUGGGGAAGAAAGCAGUGUAUAUUCCCUACAGAGACUCCGUCCUCACUAAACUCCUGCAGUCUGCGUUGGGGGGGAACAGCCGCACCGUCAUGAUCGCCACUCUCAGUCCGGCCGAUAUCUGCUACGAGGAGUCACUCUCCACUCUGCGCUAUGCUGAACGAGCAAAGCGGAUCCAGAACAAGGCCGUGGUGAACGAGGGCCCAACGGAGAGACUGGUUAAAGAGCUGAAAGCUGAAAAUGCUAAACUGAUGCUCAAGCUCAGUAAACUUGAGCAGAACAGUGGGAGACAGUCCGAUCAGGAGAUGACGAUUCAGACUCUGUGGGAGCAGCACCUUCAGGAAGCUCUGAAAGACUGGGAGACCCAGUACACCACCAUCACACAGGAGCGAAGGAUGAUGCAGAUGUUCCCCUACAUGCUGAACAUUAAUGAAGAUGCGCAGCUCUCUGGAGUCAUCAAGCUCUUCAUUCAGGAGGGUGACUGGGAUGUGGGUUUAGCAGACGCGUCACCCAGAGCCAUCUCCAUUAGAGGACUGGGUAUUCAGGAGCGACAUGCCAUCUUCUCCAAUCAGCAGCGUCGAGUGACAGUUACUCCAUUGUCGGGGUCAAAGGUCACAGUUAAUGGCACGUCCAUAUCUCAGACAACAGAGCUGCAUCAUUUGGAUCGCGUGAUCCUGGGCUCCAACAGCACAUUCCUGUUCAUGGGUUUUCCGUGGGAGCGGGUCGGAGAUGAUUGGAGCCGUUAUGAUUAUGAUUAUUUUCAGUCCGAGCUGGCGGUGGCGGAGGGAGUUCACCUGCACACACUGUCUAUGUCUAAUUUAAAUUGUGUCUCUGUAGAGUCCCUACAGCCCAACCCCAGUCUCCUAGCUGCCUUUUACGACUACGCCAAACUGAUGCCGAUGGUGACGGAGGCGAACCAGAUGAGUCAGGAACUGAACAAGGGGGUGGAGUUUAGGUUGGAGAUUAAGAACCUGGCGAUGUCUGACUCUAAAGGUCAGGACCUGGAGAAGGAGCUUGUGGUCAGAGUGAUGAAUGUACAAAGUAAACAGGUGUGGUUGUGGUCCAAAGCGAAGUUCAUUAACCGUAAGUUCCUGAUGGAGGAGGUGUACCAGCGGGGGGUGUCGCUGCCCAACCUGCCCCAGGAUAAAGAUCCCUUCUGGGACCCAGUGGAGCCUUUACACCUGGGCAGCGCGCACCUGUGGCUGCACUCGCUGGCAUUCCGAAUUGCUGUGGAUGAGCAGGUGGAGGUGGUGGGACCUGAGGGCACUGAGGAGGCCAUACUGCACGCACGCCUAGUUCCCUGCAGCCCCGAGGGAUUAUCCCUUGGAGAGGAUGAUAUCCUGAUUGACCCCACAGAGCUGCUUGGAAAGCGACUGGAUUUCCAACUGAUUCUGGAUCAGUGUUGCGGCCUGCGCUGGGUCAAAGAGACCCGAACCCGCGGCAUCCAGAUCGGGUGUGUAUCACUCACAGGGUGUGUUACAGUGUUAAUCCACCUGGAUUACUGCAUUCAGUUCACAGCGCUGAACACAUCACACACACUGCUCACCUACCUGCAGAGUAACGCUGUGGUCCUGCAGCUGUGGGGUCUACAGGGUAUACACAUGCACACACACAGAGGCUAUUGUAAGGCUCUGUCCCCUAACACUGGCAACCCUAGUGACAUUAGGAAUUAA